AUGAGCAGCGUCGCGAGCAGCGCGGCGAGUGCCUGGAGCAGCGCCGUGAGCGCAGCGAGCAGUGCGCCUGUGGUGCCUGUUGCAACGCAUGCGGAGAGUGUGCUGGCGGAUGCGCUUCUUUUGCGUGUGCACCUGACGCGCGCCGACGUUGCGGGCUUUAUCAAGAGCUUUACCAUUACCACGAUUUCCGAAAUUGGCGACAAGACGUUCCUUACGAGUGCCAUCCUCGCGAUGCGCCAUCCCCCAGUGACCGUGUUUUGGGGCAGCUGGUCGGCGAUGAUUUGCAUGUCGACGCUCUCGAGCCUCAUGGGCGCCGUGCUCCCUGCGCUCCUCUCGCACCGCGGCGCACUCACCAUCUCUGCGCUGCUGUUCCUUGGCUUUGGUGCGGUCACGCUCUUCCGCGGUCUGCAGAUGCGCGGCGAUGAGCUCGGCGAAGAGUGGAAAGAGACCCAGGACGAGAUCCGGGCCGACGAGCAGGAGCACGAGCUCGACGAGCUCGAGCGCGGCGACACGUCGGACGUAUACCCCAACUUCACGCUGUAUCCCAGCCAAACCAGCACGCUGCAGCGCGCAUCCGAGGCGCUGCAUGCGACGCCAAAAACGUCCAUGUCCGCCUUUGUGCGAGAAGGCGCACGGAACCUGUGUGGCCUGUGCUUUAGCCCGGUGUUUUCCCAGGCGUUCCUCCUGAACUUUCUCGGCGAGUGGGGCGACCGCUCGCAGAUUACGACGAUGGCGCUCGCGGCGACGCACCGCACCGCCAUUGUCGCUGUCGGCACGAGCCUCGCGCAUUUGGUGUGCGUCGCGAUCGCCGUCACGGCCGGCGCCAUGCUCGCCGCGCGCCUGAGCGUCAAGCACCUCACGCUCGGAGGAGCGGUCCUCUUUUUAGUGUUUGGCGCAAGCUCGGCAUACCAAGCAUGGCACGAGGCGCCGCCUAGCUAG